AUGAGCUCAGCCCCGAGGGAUGAAGGAGGUAGGGCUCGGCGCCGCAGGAGGAGAGGUCCCGCCUCCGCGUCUCGCACAGACCCUAACAAUACAAACCCGAACAGGCCUCCCCGCCGUUCACCCCAGCCACAUCAGCGAGGACAUCACCAGCAACAACCGCCGCAAGCACUCCAAUCCCAGCACAUUGACUCCUUGUCCUUUUCGGCCUCAGGAAUUACUACUAUUCCGCAGCGAAACGUGAGGGAUAAUUCGCGCCAGCGCCAGAGCAACCCCCACGCAGAUACUCUCAAAAACGAAGCGAAGACGUCGCAGGCGUCGCGCGCGGCUCAGGGGAAGCAAAACGCAAUCGAUGAACAGAAAAGAAAGAAAGAGGAAGAGGAAAGAAAAGAAAAGGAAGCACGCGAACUUAAAGAGCGUGCAGAGCGAGAAGAGCGAGAGGCAACUUUGGCUCGCCAACUCGAAAAGCAGCACCAGCAAAGAAUUCUCAACCUGUCGUACAGGCCGCGGAAGCCAUCCCAACCCCCUGAAAAGGAGAGACCCUCAGAUGCCCAACUGCGUCAACUCGAUUCUUCUCUAAAGAAAUGCACCGGUUUCUUGCGCAAGAUUCGCUCCUCAGGAAUCAAUGAGGAAUCUCUCCCGUCUUUAUGCCGUGAAGCUCAGUCUCUCAAUUUGUCACGAUACAUAUCAGAAGUCGUCGCUGCCAUCUCGGAGACAAAGCUGAGAUACGCCGACGUGGAGCAUGCCACCGUCUUAACCGGAGAGCUUUACAGAAGGUAUGAAGAUUUUGUCACUCAGCUCGUUGCAGCGUUAGGAGCCAUUAUUCUCUCGCAACCCAAUAAUGCGCCCGGAAGAGACGUCGGCUCUAGAAAGGCCGCCAUGCGAUUACUCGUAGAAAUAUUCGUCCUUGGUAUGGUUGCAGAUGUAUCACCAAUUACAAACGUGUUGAAGCAGCUAGUACGUGUUCAAAAGGACGCCAGAGAUGAGUCGCUGUCACAUCUGUCGAUAAUCACAACCUUUGUUCGCACGGGAGGGCGAACCAUGCUCUCACAAGUUUCAAAGCCAACCUCAGAGUCGUCCUCCUCCCAUGACUUGGAAGAGAUGGGCGAGGAUUGGAGAGACAGUGUGCUGUCGCAGAGCACAAAGGGAAGUAUUACGCUCGCAUUUCAAUCUUAUUACGACGCAGAAGUGAAUCGACUCUUGACUGAGGCCGCAGAGGAAUUGGACAAAGCAUACAUCGCUGUAACUCGGUCUAAAGAUGUCCGGGGCGAUCCUGACGAAGCCGCCACUGCUACAUACGAAUCUGCGAGACAGGGUUACGAAAAGGUUUAUGCUUCUGCUCGUGUCUUGGCUGAUGCAUUGGGCAAGAGGCUACCGGAAUCCGUCUUAAGCAUCACACAGGGAACGAGUUCCACAGUUGAGUCUAGUACCCCGAGGGAUACAGCCCAGGGUGCUGCGAUUAACUCAAUACAGUAUGUUGGCCGGAAUCGUAUCGUGCAAGAAUCCGAUUUCCUUCUGCAAGGUGAGAGCCCAUUCGACGGGGAGGAAGAGAGAUUGUUUUACACCAUGUUACCUAUCCUCAAGCAAAAAGGAAGCAGUGCGUCUGAGGACGGCAAAUCUAUUGGGCUCCUCGUCAACGGUACUGUUCCCGAACCAGAUGCGUCGGAUUCAGCAACAAAGACGGCAUCAUCCGGUGGGAAAAAAGUGGAGUCAAGACAAUCGCCUGUCGCGAAGAAUACUGUGGAAGGUCGGCAGAAAGGCUCGGACAAACCUGCUUCAGUCGAAAAAGUACUUGGUCAGCUUUCUACUGUGGAAUCGAAGGAAAGCGUUGAUGCGUUUGUGUCGCACUUUGUCGAUACAGCAGAAUCAUCAAAGAAUGGUUCCAAGCGUCUAGCAAAGUCUCUUUCUUCGGUUUCCGCACAAAAGCUAAAUUUGCUUCCUACGUAUAGUCGGAUUGCGGCAUGUCUGUACCCUUCAUUCAGCGACAUUGCAAUAAGCGUAGCAUCGCAUCUUGAAGAAGAAUUUCGAUAUCUCGCCGGGCGAUCAGAUAUGGACGAGAAAAAUCUUGCUGUCUGUAUCAAGAAUGCGAAGUACGUUGGCGAGUAUGUCAAAUUUGGCCUUAUUGAGAGUAGCUCUAUGUUUGAUUUGCUCAACCUGUGCAUGAAGGACUUUACCGGUCAUCGGGUUGAUAUUGCUUGCCAUCUAUUGGAGACGUGUGGACGCUUCCUGUACCGAACUCCCGCGACCCAUGUAAGAAUGGGCAAUAUCCUUGAAACGAUAUGGCGCCUGAAGUCUGUGAAGAACAUGGAAGCUCGCCACAAUGCCCUCGUUGAGACUGCCUACUUUGCUUCAAAACCAACAUCAGCCAGCAAGUUGCAAAAGCGAAAGAGCCGACCGCCAAUACAUGAAUAUAUCCGUCAUCUCAUAUACUAUCGCCUGGACGCCACAAAUAUAAAAUGGACACAGACUCAGCUGAUGAAGCUACCCUGGAAUGAUGACUUGGAACACUAUGUGAUCAAGAAAUUCGUGAAGAUAUCUCGAGCGAGGUUUUCCACCAUUCCUUAUGUCUCUACACUCAUCUCAUUGUUGCAAAGGUUCAAGCCUGGUCUGGUAAUUGGAAUCGUUGACGCCUUGUUGGAAGCAAUACGAUGUGGAAUGGAGAAAAACGAUGGCAGAGAUAGCCAGCGAAGGAUAGCAGAAAUCCAGUUGCUUGGGGAACUACACAAAUGUGGUGUUGUAGAUGAAGGAUUGGUGUAUAACGUUCUCUAUCAAAGCAUCAUUUUGGGCCACGACAGAUCCGAAGUGGCAUCCACACAGAUCCUGCCAACUGAUGAAACAUCUCGGUCUGAACGCGCCUCCUUGAGCCGCGCUGGCGCUGGUAGCGCCGUUCCCACUUCCACUUUCACAAAUGCUCCAGAUCCCCCUGGUGACUUUUUUCGGGUGAGAAUAGCCUGCGUCCUGCUGGAAUCAUGUGGACGUAUUCUUGUGGCAUCGAACAGGCGCAAAGUUGAAGUUUUCUGGAUUUUCUUUGAGCGCUAUACGUUUUAUAAGGCUCGACAAGCAGGGCUUGGAGAUCGGCUUCCGCUGCACAUAAGCCAUGUGGUUGGGGACGCUUUUGAAAACAUUCUCCUCAGGGACCGCCGAUAUGGCAGGGACAAUCGAAUGCGCAAAGAAAAUGAGACGUUCAUUAGGACUCGGUCGGGGCAAAGCCACACACGUCAAUACAGUCCUUCUGCAAGAUUUUUUCGUAGCUCUUCUUUAAGCGAAGCAAUUGAAGCUGUGCAACAGGUCGAGAACUCUAUUUCUGACAGAGUCCUCAUAUGUGUCCCAGUCCGUCAUAUUUAUCAAAAUUGUGCUCCUCUGAAUGGGACUCGGCCAAGUUCUGGUGCUUCUCUAAAUGAUGCUCCAGGGCUUCAUUCCAUAUCUCGAACAGAAAAACAGCCCGGCCUUUCUGAGACAGACAGUUCUGAGGGCAGCAACAACGACGGGGCUGAUUCAGACACGGAAGGGGUAACCAGCGAACUAUCAGAAAAUGGUAUGCUUGGCGAAAGAGAGGACCUGUUCUCUGGAGACGACCUCACCGAAGAAAAUGAGCUUCCUCGCAAUGCUAUCGACGGCGAGGGAAACAGAGGAGAAGAUAGUGAACAUGAUGAAUGCGAGGAUGUUGAUGACGAAGACGACGAAGAUGAUAGUUCAGUGGAAGUGCAAGUGGAACGACCCAAAACUGAAGAAGAAGAUGCGUUCGCAAAGGAACUUGCCGCGUUCACAGCUGACGCUGUUCAAACGGCAAGGGCAACUUCAUCAAGGAUAACGAAGUUUGAUCGCAUGGCAAUUCCGAUGUCACUAAUGGCGAAGAAGAUGGAAGAGGAAAGGGCAGCUCGUGCUGCGGCUGCAGCCAAUCUACAUCUGAAUUCGGAGUCUGACGAUUCUGAUGAUCGCAUGGGGAACAGCAGUCUAACGAAAAUGAAACGACGGAGUCCGAGUCAAUCUGUUGGUUUCAAGGUCCUUGUGCGCAAAGGAGGUAAAAGUCAGUUGCAAGACCUCGAGGUGCCAGCAUCCAGCUCCCUUGCCGUCGCCGCAAAAGAAAACGAAACUGCAGAUGCUGCUCGUCACGAAGAAACAAAACGGCUUGUUCUUGGAAGCAGCAUUGUACUCAACCAUGACGAAGAAGAUCUAGACGAGGAAGUUCCACUUCGCACCCAACAAAAUGUGCGAGCAAAAGAGGAGAGCAUUCGAUUGCAGAGGUCGGCUGAUGAAAUGGCUCUUCUUUCCGCUGUGUACCACCACCGGCCAAACACCCGUCGUUGACAAAGAGUCUCCCUGGCGUCACAUACGAUGGAUAAGCGGCGCUGCAUGUACGCAUAUAUAUUUCUUCCCGCAAGAUUGAGAUGAUGCUUUAAAAUGGUACCUUAAAGUAUGCAAACGUAAAUACUGUGACCAUGCAGAGGUACGUCCCGCUGAUGUGCACAGCCAUA